CGGAGAGCAUAGAUGUGCAAAACCCCUGGAAUAUCCGUGCGCUGGAGAGGCCAGAACCGACCACCGUGGAGGACUGUCUUUAUUUAGCUGUCACAAGGGAAAGAGCCACGGUGAAAGCAUGGCGGUAGAAGAGGAAGGUCUACGGGUUUUCCAGAGCGUUAAAAUAAAAAUAGGAGAAGCAAAAAACAUCCCUCCAUACCCGGGGCCAAACAGGAUGAGGGACUGUUACUGCACCGUCAACCUGGACCAAGAAGAGGUCUUUAGGACCAAGAUUGUCGAGAAGUCACUUUGUCCAUUUUACGGAGAAGACUUCUACUGCGAGAUCCCACGUAGCUUCAGACAUCUCUCCUUCUACAUCUUUGACAGGGACGUCUUCAGGAGGGACUCUAGUAUCGGCAAAGUUGCAGUGAAGAAAGAGGACCUGCAGAAAUAUCACGGCAAAGACACCUGGUUCCAGCUACAACCUGUCAGUGCUGACUCAGAGGUGCAGGGAAAAGUGCACCUGGAGCUGCGUCUGAGUGAAGUCAUCACAGACAGCGGAGCCGUCAACCACAAACUAGCCACACGAGUGUUGGAGUGCCAAGGUCUUCCGAUUGUCAACGGCCAAUGUGAUCCCUAUGCUGCCGUCUCCCUACUAGGGCCUUCCAGGUCAGAAGCCAAGAAGACAAAGGUGAAGAGGAAAACCAACAAUCCACAGUUUGACGAGGUUUUCUAUUUUGAGGUGACGCGACCAUUAAGCCACACAAAGCGGCAGUUUGAUGUCGAAGAAGAGGAUGUUGACAAACUGGCACUGAGAGUGGAUCUGUGGAACGCCAGCAAUCUGAAGUUCGGGGACGAGUUCUUGGGCGGAGUGCGGGUUCCUCUCAGGGCCCUGGGUCAAUCUGGAGUCCACGAUGCAUGGUACUUUCUCCAGCCCAGGGAGAACGGAGGGAAGUCAGUGAAGGUAGAAGAGCUCGGCUCUCUGCGUCUGAACAUCGUUUACACUGAGGACCACGUUUUCCCCUCCGAACACUACACCAACCUCCGCGGCCUACUGCUGUCCUCUGCGAAUGUGGAGGUGUGCCCCGUGUCUUCAUCCGCAGCUCAUAUUCUAGGGGAGGUGUGUCGAGAGAAGCAAGAAGCCGCCAUUCCCCUCGUGCGUCUCUUUCUUCACGACGGCAAGAUUGUGCCUUUCAUCAGCGCCAUCGCUCACGCUGAAGUCAACCGUACACAGGAUCCUAACACAAUUUUCCGGGGAAAUUCGCUGACUUCCAAGUGCAUUGAUGAGACCAUGAAACUGGCAGGAAUGCACUAUCUGCAAGUCACACUCAAGCCAAUCAUAGAUGAGAUCUGCACAGAACACAAACCCUGUGAAAUCGACCCGGUCAAGCUCAAAGAGUCGGAGAACCUGGAGACGAACAGGGAAAACCUCCGUCAGUAUGUCGACCGCAUCUUCAACGUUAUCACCACAUCUGGUGUGCGUUGCCCCACUGUCAUGUGUGAUAUCUUCUUCUCUCUGAGAGAGUCUGCUGCCACUCGUUUCCAAGUGGACCAAGAUGUACGAUACACAGCAGUGAGCAGUUUCAUCUUCUUGCGGUUCUUUGCUCCGGCCAUCCUUUCCCCCAACUUGUUCCAUUUACGGCCGCACCAUCCAGAUCCCGCCACCUCACGAACCCUUACCCUCAUCUCCAAGACGAUCCAGACACUGGGAAGUCUUGCCAAGUCAAAAUCUGCCAAUUUCAAAGAGUCCUACAUGGCUGCUUUUUACGACUACUUCAAUGAGCAGAAGUAUGCGGAUGCUGUGAAGAAUUUCCUGGACCUGAUCUCCACCUCUGGCAAGUGGGAUCAGAAGAGUAUUGAAACACCAAUCAUGCUCAAAGAAGGAUUCAUGAUAAAGAGAGCACAAGGGAGAAACCGGUUUGGAAUGAAGAACUUCAAGAAAAGAUGGUUUCGCCUCACCAACCAUGAGUUUACCUAUCACAAAACGAAAGGUGAGGGAGCUCUGUGCAGCAUUCCAAUAGAGAACAUUCUGGCUGUGGAAAGGCUGGAGGAGGAGUCUUUCAAGAUGAAAAAUAUGUUCCAGGUCAUUCAGCCAGAGAGGGCUCUCUACAUUCAGGCCAACAACUGUGUGGAGGCGCGAGACUGGAUUGACAUCUUGACCAAAGUCAGCCAGUGCAACCGCAAGCGCCUGAGCACCUACCAUCCUUCAGCCUACCUCAACGGCCACUGGCUCUGCUGCAAGCUCUCAGCAGACACAGCGCCUGGAUGCUCGCCCUGCACUGGCUGUCUCCCAGCCAACAUCCAGCUGGACGUAGACGGAGACAGAGAGACUGAGAGGAUCUAUUCCCUGUUCAGCACAUACAUGACCAAACUGAUCAAAAUGCAAGAGGCCUGUGGCAGUAAGUCUGUGUAUGACGGGCCUGAGCAGGAGGAGUACUCCACCUUUGUCAUCGAUGACCCCCAGGAGACAUACAAAACCUUGAAGCUGAUUGUUUCAGCUGUGCAGACUUUGGAGCAGCAGCACACCAAGUACAGACGAGACAAGUUCAAGAAGACAAAGCUAGGCAGCCAGGAGCAUCCGAUUGGAGACAAGAGUUUUCAGUGCUACAUCCGCCAGCAAUCUGAGAGCUCCACUUACUCUAUCUAGCCAUGGCUCUGUAGACUGUUUCUUU